AUGAGCAGCAGGCACAUCGUUAGGGUCCAAGCGUUUGCUCAAGAAGCAUUGCUGCUUGGCUGUUGCGUAGCCGACAUCCGAGCUGUCAAUCUGAACCCGAUUGUCACUUUGCUGCGAAUCGGCGAUGAAAAUUUGAGCGUUGCUCGAACGACGAUUUCUAGAAUUUUUGCCUUUUGCCGCAACGCCUUGCAGAACAAAGUGGAUCGGACCCUCUGCUCACUCCACCAUCUCGCGCAUCCACCACCCCGCACUCACACAUCAUCCAGGAUGGCGGACACCACUCCCUCAGCAUCAGCGUCCACAGCUGAACCAUCAAAGAACAAAAAGCAUCGCAAGGACAAGCCCUGGGAUGACGACUCCAUCAACCACUGGGAAGUCCCCAAAUUCACCCCUGACGAAAUCAAAGGCCCAUUCCUCGAAGAAUCUUCCUUCGCCACGCUCUUCCCCAAAUAUCGAGAGCGCUAUCUCAAAGAAGUAUGGGGUCAUGUCACGUCUGCACUUGAAAAGCACGGCAUCUCUUGCACGCUGGAUCUCGUCGAAGGAUCCAUGACCGUCAAGACCACUCGAAAGACGUACGAUCCAUACAUCAUCCUCAAAGCACGAGACAUGAUUCGACUUCUCUCCCGAUCCGUGCCCUUCCCACAAGCGGUCAAGAUCUUGGAAGACGGCGUCGAAUGCGAUGUCAUCAAGAUCGGAAAUCUGCUCCGGAACAAAGAGAGGUUUGUCAAGAGGAGGCAAAGGAUCAUCGGUCCCAACGGAAGCACGCUGAAAGCGAUCGAACUCCUCACCGGCUGCUACGUCCUCGUCCAAGGCAACACUGUCUGCGCCAUGGGUCAAUUCAAGAACCUCAAAGAGGUACGCCGCAUCGUCAUCGACUGUCUCAAAAACAUCCACCCCAUCUACCACAUCAAGGAGCUCAUGAUCAAGCGCGAGCUCGCCAAAGACCCCAAACUCGCCGAGGAGAACUGGGAACGCUUCCUACCCAAGUUCAAGAAGCAAAACCAGAAGAAGAAACCUUCCACCACCACAACAGAAGAUGGAAAUGCGGAAAGGAAGGAGACGAAAAAGCAAAAGAUCAAGGCAAAGACGUACACGCCCUUCCCACCACCCCAGCAGCCGAGCAAGAUCGACCUGCAGCUCGAGUCCGGAGAAUACUUCCUCAAGCCCAGGCAGAAGAAGCAGGCUGCCGAACAGGAGAAGCUGGCAAAACAGGCAGAGCACAAGGAGAAGAGAGAGGUCGAGAGGCAGAAAGCUUUCGUUCCACCGACGGAGGAUGGAGACAAGAAGAAGAAGGACAAGAGAAAGAGAGACGGCGUGGAAGACGCGGACGACAAGAAGGACAAGAAGAGCAAGAAGUCCACCAAGUAA